AUGCUGCGCGAGCCGAGCCUGAAGCACUUCAUCCUCCGCCAGCGGGCGCUGCACCUCUACCGGCACGCCAUCCGCGCCUCGCGAUACGUACCGGAUCCGCAGGCCAGGAAAGAAUCCGUGCGCUGGAUCCGCGAUGAAUUCGAGCGCACGCGCCAUCUCGAGGACGUGAAAAUGAUAGAGGACCGGCUGGCCGUCUGUCGGCGGGAGAUACGACAGAUCUUCCCUACGCCCAACUUAUAG